AUGGAGGUGCUACAGUGCGAUGGCUGUGACUUCCGGGCCGAGUCGUACGACGACCUCAAGGCCCACAUCCGGGAUGUACACACGGCCUUCCUGCAGCCCACGGAUGUUGGAGACGGAGAGGGGGGCGGGAGUCCAUGCCAGUCCAGGUCAGACUCUCUGAACUCCCCCAGCCAGACAGAGGGGGAGGAAGAGGAGCAGAAUAAAUCUCCACAAACUGAAACGGACUUUUCAAGUUUGAACCAAAUGCCAUACAGCAAGUCAGCAAACCAUCCUAACAAAACUGCAAACCAGUUAUUCCAGUGCAAAAUCUGUGUUCGUUACUUCAGAUCAAAAUCUCUGUUGUCUGAACACACCAAGAAGGUACAUGGAACCUCACUAAGUGGCGGGAACUCACCUGCCUCCCAUACGUCCAAACAGUCCAACUAUAACAUCGUUAUCCAUGACAGUCUUGGGAAAGUGUUCUCCUGCCAGUAUUGUACAUACAAGUCUCCACGCAAAGCCAGGAUCCUGAAGCACCAGAAGAUGUAUCAUAAAGGAAAUCUGGACCCCCCAGAAUCUCUGUCUGAGGCUGUCGAUGACCCUGAGGCAUUAUCGUCCGACGAACCCAGUGAGGAACUAGCAGAGGAUGUGGUAGAGCGUGGUAUCCUGGAGUCCAUGGUUAAACCUCUGGGGAAGUCAAGGGGAAACCAAGCGCUUCGAAGAGAGUGGUGUGACAACAUGAUGAAAAAGCACCGCAACAUGGGGAAAAUUAUCUCAACCAUCCAGCCGGGUGGAGAAGGAGAAGGAAGCGCAGGCUCUUCUAAAUCUGAUUCCCCCUCCUCCCCAAGAAGCCCUCCUAACUCCAAAAUGGUUUUCAAAGACCUGAGUGGUAAUGAAGGCUCCUCUGUAGUCAACUCCUCAGUUUUCAAGCUCAACAAGCCUGCCUCUGGGAUAUCACCCUAUCAGUAUUCACAGAUUCAAUCGGUAGCGCCCAACAGCACGGGAUCCUCCAUUUUGUCUGACAGGUCCACCUUCGUCAUGUCCGAUGUUUCCAACUCUGCCAUGGAGAUGGAUUUAAGCAUGCUUGACGACUCCAGGAGCACCUCUGAGGAAGAUGACGAGGAACUGGGUGCUGAGGAUGAUCCCAAUUACACCGACCCCUUGUCAACUGGGGAUUCUGCCAAGCAGCUUCUGUCCGAAGAGGAUAACAAGAUGCUGGAGACUAAAGGGAUACCAUUCAGAAGGUACAUGAACAGGUUCCAGUGUCCUUUCUGCUCUUUCCUCACCAUGCAUCGCAGAAGCAUCUCCCGUCACAUUGAGAACAUACACCUGUCUGGGAAGACGACGGUAUACAAGUGUGAUGAGUGCCCCUUUAUCUGCACCAGCCCUCUCAAGUUAGGCACACACAAGCAAAGUCACUCCUCAGACUGGGAGACCAUGGACCUGACCAGUGAAAGCCCAGGUCCUCAGAAUAACGAGACACCAGAAUCAGUGAACGGAGGAAACGUUGCUGCUUCCAAAGUCAAUGGGAAAAAGCAAAGUAAUGUGGGCAAUGAUCUAAACCAGCAAAAUCCUCACCGCUGUACACUCUGUAGCUUCUCGACAACCACGCUGAAAGGGCUGCGAGUUCACCAGCAACACAAGCACUCCUACUGUGACGACAUGCAAGCUGCCAGCUUGGAGGGCUCUACAAAUGAGCAACAGGACUCGGAAUUGGAAACAUUCUCCAGUUCUCCGAGCCAGGUACAAAAAACACAGACUUCAAUUCUAGGACUUGGAUCCAAAAAGCACUUAACUGGGAAAACUGCAAGGAAGUCCAUCAAUGAUCUACCUUUGGAUCUGUCCCCAGUCAAGAAGAGAACUAGGAUUGAUGACAUUGCCAACAACCUUCAGAGCAAGAUCAGUCAGCAACAGGAGGAUCUGGUGAUUAAUCUGGAAGAAAUGGAUGAUGAAGAGGAAGGAGAGCUCAACGUGAAUGAAGAUGCAGGCAGAGACAAGGAGGAGAACAACAGUGAGAGUAAAAAUCAUGGCUACGUUUACAACAAGCUUUACGAAGGCCGGGUGGGUAAAAGAAAAAGAACCCUCACGUCAAAGCUAAGAAACAUUCCCAUUGCAAUGACACUCUCUGAUGAUGAGGACAAGGAGUCUGUUGAUCUUAAAGCGGAUCUCCAAGACCAGAGCAGCCAAGACAGCCGGGACACUUCUUUCCAGGAGAACCUCGACUAUACAGAGGACUCAGGGAUGGCACGAUUCUAUUGCAAGCACUGUGACUACCAUAACAAGUCAGCCCGCAGUGUGAGCACCCACUACCAGAGAAUGCACCCCUACAUUAAGUUUAGCUUUAGAUACAUCCUCGACCCUGAGGACCAAAGUGCCGUAUUUCGUUGUCUGGAGUGCUUCAUCGAAUACACCAACUUCAACAACCUUCAUGAGCACUACAUGGAUCACCACCCAGAAGCCAGCAAUGUGCUGAACUUCAACCAGCCAGAUUUGGUGUACAUGUGCCGCUUUUGUUCGUACACAAGUCCAAACGUCAGAAGCUUGAUGCCCCAUUACCAAAGAAUGCACCCUGAGGUGAAAAUAAACAACGCUAUGAUCUUCUCGAGUUACAUGGUGGAACAGCAGCACAAGGGAGCAGAAUCUCAAACGCUGAGAGAAAUUUUAAAUUCCGGUCCCAAGAGUUUCACCUGUAGCUCCUCCCCUUCCACGCCCAAGUCCUCGUCCAGUCCUGUGCUCAAAAGUGUUGCAAAGACGCAAGAUUCAAGCUCUGAGACAGAGGCCCUGAAAGAGGUUGGUAAUGUUGUGGUCUAUGACUGUGACAUAUGCUCCUUUGCUAGCCCUAACAUGCACUCUGUAUUGGUUCACUAUCAGAAAAAGCACCCAGAGCAAAAGGCCUCAUAUUUCCGCAUUCAGAAAACCAUGCGAGUUAUCACAGUCGAUAGGCCACAGUCAGCAGGCAACUCUUCUUACAACGUCAAUAUACCAACCCCUGCUAAGUCGCCAAGCGCCGCCAUGCCAUUUGGUACAGAUGAGGAGAUCUACUACUGUAAACAUUGUGUGUACAGCAACCGCUCUGUAGUGGGAGUUCUUGUCCAUUAUCAAAAGAGACAUCCAGAAAUAAAGGUGACUGCGAAAUACAUCAAGCACGCCGCUCCCACCUCUGGGUUGAUGAAACUAAUGGAUGAGCUUCAGAUUGCACCCCCAAAGCAGUUUCUCAAACAGUUCAACAGCAAUGGAUUUGAUGGGUCCAGCAAUUCUCACGCUAGAGUUGUCACAGAGAAAGGAGAAGCAGAGAUGCUUUUCUUCUGUCAGCACUGUGACUACGGGAACCGCACUGUCAAAGGAGUGCUUAUUCACUACCAGAAGAAGCACAGGGACGCAAAGUCCAAUGCCGACCUUGUACGCCGGCACACUGCAGUGGUCCGCAGUCAAAGAGAGCGAGCGCAGAUGGGCCAGUCAGGCACUGCCGCCUCUGCCAUAGCCCCUGCUGCUCCCACCGAGACCGAAGCAUCUUCCGGAUGUCUUCGCUCACUGAAGUGCAGGCACUGCUCUUAUACAUCUCCAUACGUUUACGCAUUGAAGAAGCACCUGAAGAAGGAUCAUCCUACUGUGAAAGCCACAGCCAUGACCAUUUUACACUGGGCGUACCAAGAUGGCAUCCUGGAGGCUGGUUAUCACUGUGAGUGGUGCAUCUACUCCCAUGCGGAACCCAACGGGCUGCUAAUGCAUUACCAAAGACGCCACCCAGAGCACAAUGUUGACUACACGUACAUGGCAAGCAAGCUGUGGGCCGGGCCUGAUACUACCGCCUCCCAGCCAGGGGGGAACGCUGGGGACAGUAAGCACUACCAAUGCAGAGAUUGUGCCUUCGAGGCGUGCUCCAUCUGGGAUAUUACCAACCACUACCAAGCUGUCCACCCCUGGGCUGUCAAAGGGGAUGAGUCUGUGCUAUUGGACAUAAUCAAAGGUCCAAGAUCCCAAGAGAAAGUCCACCCCUCAAUGGCUAAAGGACCACCUUUCACUUUUCUUCCAACUACUCACGAUGAAGGACCACUGGAUAUCCCUAACUCACCUCAAGAGCACCAACACCACCAAUACCAUCCCAGGCUCUCCCACACAAGCAACUCGAUCUCCAACAACCCCUACCAGUGCACUGUAUGUCUGUCUGAGUAUAACAGCCUACAUGGACUUCUGACACACUAUGGCAAAAAACACCCAGGCAUGAAAGUCAAGGCGGCUGACUUCGCACAAGAAGCUGAUAUAAAUCCAAGUUCGGUUUACAAGUGCCGACACUGUCCAUAUGUGAAUUCACGCAUCCAUGGAGUUCUUACUCAUUACCAGAAGAGGCAUCCGUUGGUGAAAGUCACCGCUGAGGACUUUGCGGAUGACAUCGAGCAGGUUAAAGAUAUAACUGAAGUGGAUGACAAGUGCAAGACCCAAAGACAGGGUUAUGGAGCAUACAGAUGCAAAAUGUGUCCGUACACUCAUGGAACAUUGGAGAAACUGAAAAUUCACUAUGAAAAAUAUCACAAUCAACCAGCUUCAGAUAUGUUCAAGCCUUCCCUCGUGCCAUAUUCCACUGUGAAAGAUGAGGUGGUCGCUGAAUGCAGUGCCACAAGUGUAUCAUCAGAGGUACAAGAGGUUAGCGAAUUUAAACUUGCUCUCACCCAGUUCCCUAUCAACAAAGGAGAAACUCAUGCUGUGUUUAGGUGUCAGCUCUGCAAGUACUUCUGCUCAACCAGAAAAGGCAUAGCUCGACACUACCGCAUCAAGCACAACAACGUCAGAGCUCAACCGGAAGGCAAGAACAACGUCUUCAAGUGUGCUCUCUGUUCAUACACCAAUCCCAUUCGCAAAGGCCUGGCGGCACAUUACCAGAAACGUCAUGACAUUGAUGCCUAUUACACACAUUGCCUGGCAGCCUCCAAGACUUUGACGGAGAAGCCCAGUAAAGUGGUGGUGCCCGUGGCAUCGGAGGCUGAAGGGUCGGAGCUGAGCGAGGAGCUACGAUUGGCCGUGGAGAGGAGGGAGUGUUCGCUCUGUGCGUUCCAGGCCUUCAGCAGGAAGAGCAUAGUUUCACACUACAUCAAACGCCAUCCAGGAGUCUUCCCCAAGCGGCAACACACCAGCAAGCUCGGACGCUACUUCACUGUGCUCUAUGCCAAAGAACCUGAACAUGUUGAAGAGGUAACAGAAGUGGUGGUGGUUGAACCAAAGCCCGAACCAGAGGGAGAGGUUGCCGAGUGGCUGCCUUUCAAGUGUUUAAAAUGCUUCCAGCUAUUCAGCACGGUGAGACUUCUCUCCAUGCACUACAACGACCAUCACAGCGGCAAGGACCACAAACAGGACUUUGUCAUCCACCCCAACCUCACGGAAGAUGGGAUGGAGACAGAACUCUAUCAGUGUUCCCACUGCGAGUUGAAGUUCCUGGGCCUUCCUCUCCUCAGCACUCACCUGAUGAACCAUAACGAGGAGUUCCAGAAGAGGGCGAUGCGGCAAGAGAGGAGGAAACAGCUCCUUAGCAAGCAGAAGUCGUCCGAGCCACCGGAGACAAAGCCUGAGAAAGUGAGUAGAAGAGUUUACAAAAUGAUGGUGAUUUAUCAUCGCACACCGAUCGGCUACAGGUGUAACUUCUGUGUGGAGGUCCACCCUACUCUCAGAGCCAUCUGUAACCACCUGAGGAAACAUGUCCAGUACGGGGAGUGCGACCGUGUCUUCAUGUCCAUGCAGGGGCUGAGGUCCCACGAGAGGAGCCACUCGGCCAUGGCCAUGUUCACCAGAGAGGACAAGCACAGCUGCCAGUACUGCCAGUUCGUCUCCCCCUUCAGACACAAUCUGGACAAACAUGUGCAGUCUCACCACAGGCACCACAAGCCGUUCAGAUGCAAGCUCUGUCCUUUUAAGUCUGCUUACCUGAGCCGACUGAAGAGUCAUCUGCACAAAGCACACCCAGGCGAGAACACGUAUAAGUGCUUGUCCUGCCCCUUCUCCUCAAUGACUAUCAGCCAACUGAAGGAGCACUCUCUGAGGGACCAUGGGCAGGCCCUGACCCUCCCCAAGCUGCGCGCUGGCACUACCACCCACACCCAGGUUCCCCAGGCCGGCCACGCCCCCCAGAUCAGGCCCUUCAGGCUGGGCUCAGAUCCUCACCAGACACCCCCGACCUCUGACCUUGACGACACUGGGUACCUGCAUGAGACAGCGGACGUGAGGCGGCAGCUCAGUCACUACCAGGUGGCGUCUCAUAGUCAUGUGACAUCCUCCAGCCCCACCGCCCGGCCCCAGGCUGCGAGCUCUGACACCCGGCCGGACGGCAUCCUGACCUGCGAGUUCUGUGAGUUCAGUUCGGGAUACAUGCAGAGCCUGAGACGCCACUACAGGGACCGACACGGAGGCAAGAAACUGUUCAAGUGCAAAGACUGCUCUUUCUUCACCUGCUCCAAGUCCACAUUCACCAUGCAUGUGGAAGCAGGACACACUGUGGUUCCGGAGGAGGGUCCCAAAGACCUACGCUGUCCCCUCUGUCUCUACCACACCAAAUACAAGAGCAAUAUGAUCGACCACGUCGUCCUGCACAGGGAGGAGCGUGUGGUGCCCCUGGAAGUGUCUCGCUACACGCUGUCUCGCCACCUGGCCGGCGGGGUGUUCCGCUGCCACAAAUGCACCUUCACCUGCUCCAGCGACCAGAGCCUGCAGCGGCACGUCACCGAACACAACGAGACGAAACCCUACCAGUGCCAACUGUGCUACUACGGCAGCAGGCAGCGCUGCCAGCUGGAGACACAUCUCCGAGACGAGCACAAGGUGAUCCGUAACUUUGAGUUGAUGGGGCAGGUCAACCUGGAUCGGCUGGAUGCUAUAAAGGAGAGGAACAGUAGUGCCGGGGAGGAAGAGGAGAGAGAGGAGGAUGGAUUAGGAGCGAUGGAGGAAGAGAUUGAGAUAGUUUCCUUCCCUAUGAGCCAUCCUGGCUCGCACACUGAGAAGCGCUUCCCCUGUGAGUUCUGUGGUCGCUGCUUCACUAACAGCAUAGAGUGGGAACGACACGUCCUCCGACACGGCAUGACCGUUACCAACAGCAGAACAGACACUAGCACCACCCCAGCAAUAGACGCAUCAGCCUCAGCUCUGCCUUCUAUUGGCUCGUCGACCAUUGGGACGAUGACGGACAGAGGAGUGGACCUAUCUAGCAACGGCAUGGAAGUGGAGAAAGAAUAUGCCUCCGACCUAUUACAGAGUAGUAACAAUCUGAAUGAGGAAGACAACAAAGAAAUGCUUGAAACCAAAAAAUGA